GUGCGCUCCACAGUGCUGGUGAUAACUCGACAUUUUUACAUCAGGCAUUAUGCCGGCUAGCUGUGCGGUGCCCGAAGACCCGUCGGCCUGGUCGUCGGCGGGCCGCCUGUGAGCUGCAGUCCUCCCCGGCAGCGCGCACACUGACAGCGCCUCUCAGCGGGUUGAACGGUCGCUGUGAUUAUUCCUGGAUUAAAGAGAGAAAACCCCGGUCACCGCGGGACUGGAGCUAAGAGCCCUUGUUUGUGGAGGUUUGGUGCAACUUUAACCGCUGAAGACGGAGUGGAUAGUUGAAAGCUCGGCAGACUUUUCCAGCAGCCUGUGGUUAUGGACUAGAGGAGCGGAGCGGAGCCAGGCGGCGGGCCUGCGGGUAGCGAGCGUUAGCAGGCGGAGCUAGCUGCUGUUAGGCGGUCUGCGCUUGUUUUGGAUCGCUGUGCUAACUAUAGCUAGGCGGUGUUUUUGUUAGCAUAACACAUAGCCAAGCCCGGGUUGCUGGCUUGUUUUGAUGCAGAUAUAUUGAAGGGGGAACCUUUCCACUUCUACUACAUGUUUCCUGAACUUUCGUGAAGUUUUUAAGUUAAUUUGUGGCGCUAACGUUUGUGUAGUAAGUGAGCUAGCGAGCUACGUCUUUUGUCAUACAAAAGUUGAGCUUUUUUGGUUUUGGACAGAGGGGGGUGAUUCGUGACUUAGAUUAACGUGUUUUUUCUCGCAAAGGAUUGCAUGUUGAUGGUCAAAUAUCAGUCAAACGCAGUCCAGACCGUACAGUCUCUCUGCCCCUCCGCGGGACCACACUUACAAUCUUUCUCGGACCCCGUCGCACCGACCCCUGUCUCCUGUCUUCGGCCGGCUUCAGAGGCUGGCCACACGGCACUGAGUGCCCAAUGGAGGAACAUGACAACAUGGACUAUUUUUACCAGCAGGUAGUGCAGAAAGAUGUCACCCGCAGAUUGCAGGUCGGCCAGGACCUGAUUGACUACCUGAAUGAUCCGCAACGCUCCCCGGACGUGGAGCAGGACAAACCCCGGCUGGAUAAGACUGUGGAUGAGCUGACGGGAUGGGUGAACUCCAGCAAUUUCAAGGUUGCGUUGUUGGGGAUAGACAUCUGUGGUGCGUUUGUGGACCGUAUGGGAGAGCGGUUCAAAGGAUACCUAGGCACAGUUGUGCCAGCUCUGGUGGACAGGCUUGGCGACUCGAAGGACCAAGUCAGGGAGAACAGCCAAGCUCUCAUCCUUCGCUGUAUGGAGCAGACUGCCUCGCCCAUGUACGUUUGGGAGCGGCUACUUCCUGGUUUUAAACACAAGAACUUCCGCAGUCGAGAAGGAAUCUGCUUGUGUCUCAGUGCCACGCUCAGCACGUGUGGAGCCCAGCAACUCAGCCUCAGUAAACUAGUUCCUCACCUUUGCACUCUGACUGGAGACCAGAACCCACAGGUACGUGAGGCCUCCAUAACGACACUGGUGGAUGUUUAUCGUCAUGUUGGAGAGAGGGUCAGAGCAGACCUGGGGAAGAGAGGACUGCCUGCUGCACGGUUGCAGACGUUAUUCGCUCGUUUUGAUGAAGCCUUGAAUUCAGGCAACAUGGCUCUCAGCCCAAGUCACGAUCGUAGCUUUGAAGAUGACGACAGUGUUGAUGGGAAUCGUUCCUCCACGGCCUUCAAGGUCCCAAAAGUUCCCAAGAAGCCUGCAGAGACCUCGGCUGCACGCAGGCCCAGCGCUACCGGUGGCAAGCUAGUCUCCAAGGAAAGUGCCGGGGGAAUUGAUGAAGAGGACUUCAUUAAAUCCUUCACAGAUGUCCCUCCUGUCCAGAUCUACUCAUCGAGGGAUCUUGAAGACAACCUGAACAAGAUCCGUGAGAUCUGCUCUGAUGACAAACACGACUGGGACCAGAGAGCCAUCGCUCUGAAGAAAAUUCGCUCACUGUUGGUGGCCGGCGCACACACCUACGACUGUUUCUACCAGCACCUACGGCUCCUAGACGGAGCCUUCAAACUGUCAGCUAAAGACCUGCGCUCGCAAGUUGUCCGAGAGGCCUGCAUCACUGUGGCCCACCUCUCUACAGUGCUGGGUAAUAAAUUCGACCAUGGAGCGGAGGCAAUCGUUCCUGUCCUGUUCAACCUCAUCCCCAACUGUGCCAAAGUCAUGGCCACCUCCGGUGUGUCCGCUAUCCGCAUCAUCAUACGGCACACCCACGUCCCGAGGCUUAUCCCCCUGAUAACCAGCAACUGCACAUCCAAGUCUGUGGCUGUCAGAAGGCGCUGUUAUGAUUUCUUGGACCUUCUGCUGCAGGAAUGGCAAACCCACUCUCUAGAGAGGCACACAGCAGUUCUGGUUGAGAGCAUCAAGAAGGGAAUUCGAGAUGCAGACUCAGAGGCCAGAGUGGAGGCCCGCAAGGCCUACUGGGGUUUGAGGAACCACUUUCCAGGGGAGGCCGACGCUCUGUACAACUCCUUGGAGUCGUCGUACCAGAGGACCCUUCAGUCCUACCUGAAGAGCUCUGGCAGCGUGGCCUCGCUUCCCCAGAGUGACCGCUCGUCGUCCUCCUCUCAAGAGAGCCUCAAUCGGCCUCUGACUUCUAAAUGGUCAGCAACUCCAGGGCGAGUCCCUGCGGGUUCAAAGGCCGGGGUGUCGUCAGCAUCCCUGCAGCGUUCCCGUAGCGACGUGGAUGUAAACGCAGCAGCAGUCGCUAAGCACCGGCACGUCGGACAGACCAGGGCAGCGGGGCGUUUGACCCCUGGCUCCUACUCCUCACUGGAUGAUGCCUCUGAUAAAACGGAUGGGACCAGGUCAGACAAUGGCCGUGUACGUACCAAGCAGCCCUUGUCCACAGCGAGCAGCGUGUCCAGCCAGGUGGACUCACGAGGACGCAGCCGCACCAAGAUGGUCUCCCAGUCACAACGUUCCGACGAAUCCGAUUGCACACCAGGAUCUCAGUCAGCUACCCCUGUUGGUGCCGGCAGUCGGAGUGGCUCCCCGGGUCGCGUCCUGACUAGUACGGCCCUGAGCACCAUGAGCACCAUGAGCUCAGGGGCCCACAGGGUGCUGGCCGGGUCCAGUGGGGACGGACACAGACGCAGCCGCAUCCCCCGCAGCCAGGGCUGUUCCAGAGACUCUUCCCCCACUCGCCUGUCUGUUGCUCCUUCCAGCAUUAGUUCCAUCUACAACGGAGCGAGCAGAGGAGCUCGGGGAAGUCGUAUCCCUCGUCCCAGUAUGAGUCAGGGCUGCAGCAGGGAGGCCAGCAGGGAGAGCAGCCGGGACACCAGCCCCGUACGCUCCUUCACACCCCUUGCGACGCGGAGCUACUCUCGCUCCACCGGAGCUCUCCACACCCCUGACACUUUUGGGGCUGCAGGAUCGGGUCUUGGCAUCAGUCAGUCCAGUCGUCUCUCGUCUUCAGUCAGUGCCAUGAGGGUCCUCAACACGGGCUCAGACGUAGAAGAGGCUCUCGCAGACGCGCUGCUGUUGGGAGACAUGCGGUCCAAGAAGAAGCCAGCACGGCGGCGGUACGAAAACUACGGCAUGUACUCAGACGAUGACGCCAACAGCGACGCAUCCAGCGCCUGUUCGGAGAGGUCCUACAGCUCCAGGAACGGGGGAGCCAUCCCCACCUACAUGAGACAGACAGAAGAUGUGGCUGAGGUCCUGAACCGUUGUGCCAGUGCCAACUGGUCAGAGAGGAAGGAGGGACUGUUGGGCCUGCAGGCGCUGCUCAAGAACCAGCGCACCCUCAGCCGGGUAGAGUUGAAGAGGCUUUGCGAAAUCUUCACCAGAAUGUUUGCGGACCCUCACAGUAAGCGAGACUCCGGCAGAGUGUACGGCACAGCAGAAUCCGGUAUAAGCUCAGCCUCCUUCAAGAGAGUGUUCAGUAUGUUCCUGGAGACUCUGGUAGAUUUCAUCUUGGUCCAUAAGGAGGAUCUGCAGGACUGGUUGUUCGUCCUUCUCACACAGUUGCUGAAGAAGAUGGGAGCUGACCUGCUGGGCUCCGUACAGGCCAAAGUUCAGAGAGCCCUGGAUAUCACACGAGAGUCUUUCCCCAACGACCUCCAGUUUACUAUUCUCAUGAGGUUCACUGUGGACCAGACACAGACACCCAACCUGAAGGUGAAGGUGGCCAUCCUGAAAUACAUUGAGACGCUGACGUUACAGAUGGAAGCUCCAGACUUUGUGAACUCCAGUGAGACUCGGCUGGCCGUCUCCCGCAUCAUCACCUGGACGACUGAACCCAAGAGCUCUGACGUCAGAAAGGCAGCCCAGUCGGUGCUAAUCUCAUUGUUCCAGCUCAACACUCCAGAGUUCACCAUGCUGCUGGCAGCUCUGCCCAAAACCUUUCAGGACGGAGCCACCAAGCUGCUUCAAAACCACCUGAAGAACACUGGAAACGUUGCACAGGCACCAAUGGGCAGCCCUCUGACACGCCACACCCCCCGAUCUCCAGCCAGCUGGUCCAGCCCGGUCACCUCCCCCACCAACACUUCCCAGAACACCCCCUCACCAAGUGCAUUUGACUACGACACAGAGAACAUGAACUCGGAGGACAUCUAUAGCUCGCUGAAAGGUGUCACCGAGGCCAUCCAGAACUUCAGCGUACGUAGCCAAGAGGACAUGAAUGACCCAGUCCAACGGCGGGAGGGAGAGGAGGGGGACAGUGGACUAGACGGCAGAGGCUCAGACUCGAUGGACGGAGGCCGCAUGGCUCUGGACAACAAGACUUCCCUCCUCAACACCCCCCUGCUCUCCUCAAGCCCCCGAGGAGCCCGCGAUCAAUUCUUAGACUCUCCGUUCAAGCACAGCCGCAAAGACACCAGCAUGGACGACUCGGAGCAUCCCACUGACGAUAGCAGCCUGGACCAAUCAGAGCUGGUGGCCGAGCUGCUGAAAGAGUUGUCCAAUCACAACGAGCGCAUCGAGGAGAGGAAGGCAGCGCUGUGCGAACUGCUCAAGCUUAUUCGAGAGAACACCCUGCAGGUGUGGGAUGAACAUUUCAAGACCAUCCUGCUGCUCCUGCUCGAAACGAUGGGUGACAGAGAGCAUGUGAUCCGAACGCUGGCUCUGCGUGUGCUGAGAGAGAUACUCAGCAAGCAGCCCUGGAGGUUCAAAAACUACGCAGAGCUCACCAUCAUGAAGGCCCUGGAAGCUCACAAAGACCCCCACAAGGAGGUGGUACGAGCAGCAGAGGAGACGGCAGCCAUGUUGGCGCUGUCCAUCAGCCCAGACCAGUGUAUCAAGGUGUUGUGUCCCAUCAUCCAGUCAGCUGACUACCCCAUCAACCUGGCUGCCAUCAAGAUGCAGACCAAAGUGGUGGAGAGGGUUCCCCGCGAGGGCCUGAUCGGCCUGCUGCCUGAGAUAGUGCCAGGACUCAUACAGGGUUAUGACAACUCUGAGAGCAGUGUGAGGAAAGCCUGUGUGUUCUGCUUGGUGGCCAUUUACGCAGUGAUCGGAGAGGACCUCAAACCGCACCUCAGCCAACUCUCCAGCAGCAAGCUGAAGCUGUUGAAUCUGUACAUCAAGCGUGCCCAGUCCGGCUCCGGCGGCAGUGAACCCCCAACUGAAGGCCUAUAGGAGACACAGCGCCCUCCCACAGGGCAACCACAGAACUGCAACUCUGCCCACCAAACAUAAACAUCUGUUCAUGAGCUCACACCCACAGAGACCGAAAACAAAAGUCCUAACACUCUGCUUACAUUCACACAUACGCUUUGCACUCACACCUCACACACAGGUACACACAGUCCUCGUACAUUUCCUGUCCCACUCCAAGAUGGGAGUUGUGGUGCAGAAGAGAAGAGUGUUGUAGUUCUUUCCACCAUCGCCGAGGAGCCGCUCCGAUCUCAGACUGAACUGAACCGUCACGUUUGGAUUAAACAGUCACAUACUUCACCCAGUCACUAAUCACCCAAGGAUAUGAAAUGUCCGUCCUCUCCAGCUCCUUUAUAUUUCGAACAUAACAGUAUCCCCUCUGAGUAAGAUCUUGAUGUCAACAGGAAGUGGUGCAACUGCAUGGUUCUCAUUUUUUGGGGGGUGGGGGUGGAGGGGGUCAAGGUUCAUAAAACAGGGCUGAGACGAACGAAUGGUGCCGCCUUGUGUCUUUCUCGAAGAGUGAGUAACUGGGGCCAGGUAGACAGGAAUGUAAAUUUACAUUGUGUCAUAGUUUGGAUUUAUUUUACGCAAUGAGGUUUUACUGUGGCCGUUUUUAACGUCUGGAGUUGUCUCUCUCCCUCUCUUUCACACUCACACACACACACACACGAACAUACUUUCUCUCUUUCAAAAAGGUGCUGAUUAGCCUAAAAGGUACGACCGACCAAACCUGCACAGCACUAACACGAGUCACAGUGGGUCAUGCCUGCUCGUAGCAAAUACAGUACAUAGGCAGAUUCCAAAGUAUAGGAGGCGUUGUGUGCUUGGCUAUGCAUGAGACUAAAUUUUAAAAAGAACUUUUUACUGGGGUCCUAUUGACGGUCGGAUUAGUGUGACUGGGGGUUUUAAAUUAAUGUGAACAAUGUCCGCCCCUUUCAGAAAAAAGUCCAUGGUGUCCUCCGUUUCUCCCGGCUCGUCUUGGAUCAGUCCACUCCUGGGCAUCACGGGGAGGAAAAAUGGGAGCGUGCUGCUUACUACAUGAAGUAUGACAGGACAUGGCUUAUUAUCACAUAGUGGAUAUGUAUCUAUAUAUGAUAUUAAAAUGGAAUAUCCAAUAACAGUGUCAUUUAGGAGAGUCCCUGGGGGAGGUGCACGAGCGCUCCUGUGCCCAUCCCUGUUUUUAUUUUCUCUCUCUGUUGCGCGUGCCGUAGUCUCUCUCUCUCUCACCUUUGUUUUCUCAGCUGAGAAAUUUGUAGAAAUGUAUUAUUUACAGCUCUGAAAAAAACUGUCAUGUCACCCUUUUCUCUUUUCUCUUCAUCGUGUCUUUCUUUCCUUCCUCUUAUUGUAACAUUCUAGUUUUCACUGUUGUGUUUCCUCCGUGCAUUUACAAAGCUGUGCUUACAAUAAAAAUCAAGAACUUGUACAGAUCA